CUGGGAUGUGCUGAUGGGGUUGUUGUUGCAUCUGUUGAUGUGGUGGACAGUACGAGCCGAAGACGUUACCUUCGUACCUCUCACUAGGGAGUUUCUGGAUCGUCUGCGCAACGAAACCCUCUACAAUCGCUACGCAACACCCACCCAGUACGACGGAAUUCCGACGAAUGUCUCGCUGUCGAUGUUCAUCGAGGGAAUGUCCUCGUUCAGCGCUCAAACUAUGGACUACCACUUGGACAUGUACUUUCAACAGGAGUGGUAUGACCUCCGAUUGGAGCACAACCAUACUGCGCCGAUAUUGGUGAAGGACAAAAAAGUGUUUCGGGAGAUGUGGCACCCGGACGUGUACUUUGCUAAUGCCAAAUCAGCUUCAUUUCAAGUGGUCACGGACGACAACUUUCUCGUUUGGGUCUACCCAGAUGGACGGGUAUGGUACGAUACAAGAAUCUCAAUCGUGGUUUCAUGCAAUAUGGAUUUGUGGAAGUAUCCUCUCGACUCACAGCAAUGCCCUCUUCGGGUCUUGUCCUACGCAUACCCUGAAAGCGUACUGCGCCUCGUAUGGUCUAUCAAGGACGAUUUUUUGCCAGUGGAUCGAAAUCCUGAAAUCACUAUGCCUGACAUGCAGCUGAAGGACAUUCGUACGGGUUACUGCAAUGGCACCUAUGCAACAGGUGUUUGGAGCUGCAUGACAGCGGUGUUCUACGUAGAGCGUGAAGUGAUGCACCAUGUCAUGCAAACGUACCUACCAACCGCUUUGAUAGUAGUCAUUUCCUGGUUCAAUUUCUGGCUUGACGUCGAUUCGGCUCCGGCACGUGUUUCACUGAGCAUCACAACUUUACUGACAAUAUCAACACAGGCAAAUGCGGUCAAGUUAGCUCUGCCAGAAGUGUCAUACAUGAAAGCGAUCGACGUUUGGAUGGGAUCAUGUAUGGCCUUCGUCUUUGGUGUUAUGAUCGAAUUUACAAUCUGCCAUUUUGCAAAGAACCGGGAGUUGCUACGAUGUGAGCCGCAGCCGUCGCUAAUCGUUGACACUGCUUUGUCUACACUUUUUGGUGCCUCCAGGGAUAUCGACGACCUGAACGAUGAAGACGUUGGAAUCUCCUCUCAGGAAAACCACACAGCUCUCAAUUUGCUGAGCCCGGAAAGAUCAGAGCCCCGGCUGCGAUCGUUUUCGGCAAACGUGAACACUAACGAAUCCAGGUUGGUGACGGUAGACAUAUCACGACGAGCAUUGCACUGGACAAGGGCACUGCGCAACCUUCGUGGUCGACGGAUUGCCCAGCGCAUUGACGAACGAUGUCGGACGAUAUUUCCCGUGGGAUUCCUCUUGUUCAAUCUCGGCUAUUGGACCUUUUAUUUGCUCUAUAGCUGA